AUGACAGCAGCAGUGGCAGCGAUUCAGCGACUCUCCAAGGAGAAGAAGAAGCUCGACGAAACGCGCGUGUGUGACUUCUACGCCGCGCCGCUCGAUGACAACAUCUUCGAGUGGCACUUCACGCUGCAAGGUCCUGCCGAGUCGCCGUACGCCGGCGGCCUCUACCACGGAUCGCUGCAGUUCCCGCGCACCUACCCCUUUGCACCACCGGAUAUCGUCUUCCUCACGACGAGCGGCCGCUUUGAAGUGGGCACGCGUAUCUGCUCGUCCAUCAGCAGCUACCACCCCGAGCUCUGGCAGCCGACGUACGAUAUUGCGAUGGUGCUGGUCGCGCUACGCGCGUUCAUGGCGCAGGACGAGGAACUCGGUAUCGGCUCGCUGAUGCGGCGCUACGUGGCGCCGGAGGAGAAGCGGCGCAUGGCGGCGGAAAGUCACCGUUUCUCCUGCGCGGCGUGCGGCAUGCACAGCGCCCACGACGUGUGGCUGACGCAGAUGCAGGGCCACCCGCCGGUAUCGGCG